GCGCAACCAGCUCACUGAGCAGCCUGAGCUGCGGGCAAGCGGCGAGCGGGCUUCUGCGAGCCCGAGGAGACGCAGGCCUGUCCUGGGUCCCCUCAGGUCUGCGCGUCUGCUGUUCCCAGCGCUGUGCCAGGCCUGAAAAGGAGGCACAACCUGUCCUGAUCUCUGCAGGCCAGGAAAGGAGGGGCGAUCGCGACAUGGAGAAACUUCCCAGCGAAAAGGAGGGGAAGCUGGACCAGGCGGGAAAGUCUGAAGAUGAAGUAGAAGCUGAAGCUGAAGGGAAGUCGGAGGAGGAAGAGAACCCUGAAGCAGAGGGGAAGCCAGCAAGCCAGGGCCAGCAGGAGGGCAAGGGAGAGGCAGAGGAGGGGGGGCACCCCCAGGAUGAGGACAAGUCAGGAAAGCAGGGAAAGUCGUCGGAAGAUGAGGACCAGCCACCAGGUGAGGGCAAGCUGCCAGGUGAGGGCAAGGCAGAGCCCCAGGCCAAGGCAGCCAGCGAGGCGCGCCCCGCCGAAAAGCGUCCGGCUGAAGAUUAUGUGCCCCGGAAAGCCAAGAGAAAAACGGAUCGCGGGACGGAUGACUCCCCCAAGGACUCUCGGGAGGACUUACAGGACAGGCAUCUGAGCAGUGAGGAGAUGAGAGAGUGUGCAGAUAUGUCCAGGGCUCAGGAAGAGCUAAGGAAAAAACAGAAAAUGGGAGGGUGUCACUGGAUGCAAAGAGAUGCACAAGAUGCAUUCUCCCCAAGGGGCCAGCGGGGUGUCAGGGGAGUGAGGGGUGGAGGAAGGGGCCAAAGAGGUUUACACGAUAUCCCCUACCUUUAACGGCCUUGGCUUUAGAUUCUGACUUCUCUCAUGAGAACUUUGCACACCCUGCUUUUCCUGGUAAAUAAGUGCCAGGCCCAGUGCUUUAACCUUAAGCUGAUACUUUGCAUUAGGUGUCACUGUCCUUACCAGCAGCCUUUUGACUCAAGUACAGUGCUCUUUUAGUACAGAAUUUUCACCCAUGCAUGUACAU